AGCAAAAUAGGUGGCAGAAUCCUGCAGUUAAACUGGAUUUAACAACAGUGUCAGGCUCUGCCCUCGAAUGAAGAGGAAGAUAAUCGAUUUAUUUUGAUCUUCUUGGUUUGGACAGGAAUAGCCUAAUAUCAUGCCAGUGAAAGCCAACAUUUUUAUGUGGUCCGUUUACACAGCGGAACCUCGUUUACAUGCUGAUUGAUUUUAGUUCAAUAUGUCUUUAUCUGCAUCUACAACUAUCCCACCUGCGCUGACAGCGGAUCAGCUAACGGUCAUCGUGGCCUCCGUGUCCUGCCUGGUGUUCUUCGUAGUGAUUCUCAUGCUCCUGGUGGUCUUGUACAGGAAAGACCCUUUCUGCUGCAGGGUGUCGAACUACCAGGCCAACCAGCGCUGUACAGAUGCUCCACCCCAGUACAACAGAAGACAGUCUCUAGUGGUGUCUCCCUACAAUGAACAUACUGCUGCCAUGGCCCAUGGAAACAUUGGAUCCCAGCUUCCAGGGAGGCUGUUUAUCAUUGGUAAGCCCAGCAGCUAUCACCUGGAUGGGAUCCUGCCCCGCCUUCCGUCCUACGAGAGCGUCCGUAAGAAGGACCGUCAGAGACAUAUCCACUCUAUGAUAGCCGACCGCUUUGGUAUCAGCCCCACACAGUCUGAAACGGAGCCUCCUCCGACUUACGAGGAGACUCUUCGCCAGUCCAUGAUCAUCUCCUCUGAAGACCCUCAGUCUGUUGAGGCACUUCCCUCGGACCUCCCUCUCUCCACCUGUAACUCCAGCCUUGAACACACAGUGACAGUAGAUGCAGCCAUGUCACCCUACCGCCCUAUUCAGAGCUCGACCCGGGAACCCGUCUCUGUCUAGACCAGGAGUUAUUUGAGGGUCGGGAAACACUCCUGGUUUUCAACUUCGCAUUUUAACUAGAGACUCAUGUUUCUACCCUUUGAAAGAGAAAAGAAGACAAAUCAACAAAGAAAGAGAUAUUGUCAUGAUAAUGCAUGAGUCAGUUUCACUCAGAGUUUGUCUUCCUGAGACUAACGCUCUCAAAUCUUGACUGUCGUCUGUUGGUGUAGUGAGUGGUUUUAACAUGACUGUAUGCUGUAAAGGGCUUGAUAUCCUUCCACUGGCAAUGAUAUCCUUUAUCAGCUAAAUAAUCAAAUCAGCCUACAUUUCAAACUCUAGACAUGCUCGGGUGUGUGGAAAAGAAGAUGUCCGCACCUCACAAGCAGACAUAUUAUGCUUCAUCACAACAUCCAAUGUCGUAGACAACCACAAAACAAGGACAUUGUUUCGGGUUGAACGUGUUAAUGAAAAAUCUAAAUCUCCUUGUUUCAAAAGAACACCGAGCUACGAAUACCCAGCUACCUGACAUGUGAUGAUGAUGGCUGUGAGUGUAGCGCCAGACCAGAGAGCUGUUGUGGUUGAACACAUCACUAAUUAUUAACACUACUGAAGGCCUAUGUCCCAAAUGGCACCCUAAUCCCCAUGUAGGUGCACUACAUAGGGAAUAGGGUCCCCAUUUGAGAGACAAUCAAAGUGUGUUCACUCAGGGACAGUUGACCAGGGACCAUUUGUCUUAACCCAGGUCAAACUAACUAUGCACAGAGAAACUCACCGUGACCCCUGACGUUCCGUAUUUUUUGAAACUGCACUGUCGUUUAGGGGCUCGUAAGUAAGCAUUUCACUGCAAGGUCUACUACACCUGUUGUAUUCAGCAUUUCACUGUA